GAAGUUUUUCCAAGUUUAAGAAAACGAAUAAAAAAUUGUUCCCGCCAAAUCCAAAAGAUAAGUUUUAUCUUUUCUGUAAUGGGAGUCACAUGCAUCUACCCUUGGCCUUUGGCUAGUGGAAAGAAUGGUCAACAAGUUGUUGACACAUUGCAGAAAAAUGUUGAAUUAGCUGGUGCAAUUUGGUCUGAUGGUUGGUGUGUGGACUGUGAAACUUAUCAGUCUGUUGCAUCAAUGGGAAGUCCAGCAAAAAUGCUCCAUAUUCUUCACAACACCGAGUUUCCACUUUCGACAUUUUCAUGUGUGGAAAAUGGAUGUUGUCUGAUUUCUGAUCGAGGUUUUGAUAGUAUAUUGUCAAAGAUGAAAUCUUGCUAUGAACGCAAAGGGGCAAAAAUUGAGGCUAAAGGCCAACGUUAUGAACUUGGUGACUUUGUGAUUAAAAUUGGGCAGGUAACUGUUGGUGUCAGUUUCAAAGGGAUCCUCAUUGAGGUUGAAUACCUUCCUUGUCUGGUAGCCUCACAAUGUUGGGACCUUCUUCAAGAAUUUCUUGAAGGUAUCACAGGAAUUGCCGUCACAAUGCCCGCUUUGCCAAUCAAGAAACCUGAAAGCAAGUUUAAACCAUGUGAUACGAUUCUGCAGUAUUUAGAACAAUUUAACAAAUGGAAAAGGACAAGCUCUAAUUAGGAAAAAUUCUUGUUAUCUCUGGUUUGGCUUAAUCUUCUUGACCUGGGGGGAGGAGGAAGGAGAUAGCUAAUUUCUGUGACGUAGUCCGUUCUUGUGAGAAAUUUAAUUCUUAAAGUUGAUAGCUAUAGCCCUAUUCACGCGACAUAAACUAAACCGGGUUCAACCCAGGUUAAUUUUUUGCGUGUGGACACUACUAACCCAGGGUUUACACGCAAAAAACUUAACCUGGGUUGAACCCGGGUUAGUUUAUGUCGUGUGAAUAGGGCUUGUGUUUGCACUUGCUCGAGACCAAUCAGCGCACCCCGAUAAAUUGAUAUAUAUCGAUUAAACUUAUCAGCGAGUACUGAAAAAGUGAUGGAGUGUCACAAUUCGUCUUUACUACCAAACACCUCUAACACACUCCUAGCUGGGCCACUUUCGUUGUCUGUUGUAUCAGGUUGAUAGCUGUUCCACAGUUUUUGAUUAGCGAUACUUGUGCUUAUUUUGCGUAUACAUCGCUCAUGUGAAACUCGAUGUGAGAAUGCAGGCGUAAAAUCCACAAUAUGAAACGGUUACAAACGGUUUGAAAUUGUUUGAAGUAGCUAGCUCUCAUUUCGCAACCAAGUCGUCAAUAGAAACUAUACUAAGGAACACGAAGGAGAAUGAAAAAGCUUCGUAAUGUUGUUUUCUUGUCGAGAUGGGAAAAUAAAAAAACGAAGAUUUUGUUCGUGAUGGCAAGACUCAAGAUUAAUCAUCACCAUAUUUCUUACCAAACUAUAAAAUACCUUACUUGUUUCCUUGACGUAUCUUGUGGAUUAUUUAUGCGUAUCUUGGUGCAUGGGAAAUUGUGUCCAGCGGGAUUGUCCGGGGACUUCGUACGUAUUGUCAGGUCUCUGGUUAUUCGUAAUCAUAAAUAUUGAAAAACCAAUGAUUCCAAAUUGUGCUGGAAAUCGUUUGACGAUACAACCAUGAUACAACCAAACUGUUUGAUUCAAUAUAUAUGUUAAUAUCGGCAGUCCAAGUUUAAAGUGAAUUUUUUGCAUCCCGCGAUGCUUGAUAUUGGCAUGGUUUAUUCUGCAUUUCACAUUGUAAGAAAUGUGUAUGUGCUGUUAUUUUAUUAAGCUUUAAUGUGUAAAUAUAUUUACUAUGUUCACUGAUAGCGUCGGUUUAUUCUUAAUAGCCACAUUUAAACUAGUUCACCUUAUAAGUCAGAUCAUUAAAUUAGGUUUUAGCUGAAGAUAAAUAUAUUUCUAGUAAAAUUUGUGUUUCCCAGAACAUCUCUUACUUUACGGAGAACCAACAAAUCAAUACGUGAAUUUCAAAGUGCCGCAUCAGUGAGACACUCUAAUUCUUUGAAAAUAAAUUGUUAUGAUUAACAAUAAUCAUUUUAUUCAUGUUUAUCCAGGAA